CAGCGCGAGAAAUGGAGGAGGGAGAAGUGGUGGCCAUGGCGGAGGAGGAAAAGGGAGAGGAAGAGGACAAUAAGAAAAGCGCCUAUGAUUUGUUGGAGGAGGCAAGGACGUCAAUGGAGGAGAUCGUCGCGAGGAUGCUCUUUAUCAAGAAGGAAGGCCGGUCCAAAACCGAGCUUAGGGAGCUUGUCACCCAGAUUUCCCUUCUCUUCAUCAAUCUUCGCCAAGCAAAUCGGACCAUCCUCCUAGAAGAGGACCGUGUGAAAUCAGAAACUGACAGCGCAAAGGCACCCGUGGACUUUGCUACUUUGCAGUUGCACAAUUUCUUGUAUGAGAAAAAUCAUUACAUGAAGGCCAUCAAAGCAUGCAAAGAUUUCAAGUCAAAGCACCCCGAUAUAACUUUGGUGUCUGAAGAAGAAUUUUACAAAAGUGCACCUGAGGAAAUUAAAGGGAACCAACCAAAUGGAAAUGCACAUGAUUUGAUGCUACGGAGACUGGAUUUUGAGCUCUUUCAGCGAAAGGAGCUCUGUAAACAGCGGGAGGAACUUGAACAGCGCAAGAGAAGUCUUCAGGAUGUCAUUGCAACCCGUAAAAAGUUCCUUACAAGUCUUCCGUCACAUUUGAAGUCUCUCAAGAAAGCAUCACUACCAGUGCAGCAGCAGCUAGGCAUUUCUCACACUAAAAAACUAAAGCAGCACCACUUGGCUGAGUUGCUGCCACCUCCUUUGUACGUGGUAUUUUCUCAGUUUAUGGCACAAAAAGAGGCCUUUGGGGAUAACAUUGACUUGGAGAUUGUAGGAAGCAUCAAGGACGCUCAAGUUAUUGCACGACAACAGGCAACCAAGGAUACUGGUGGCACCGUAAAUACAGAGGAAGUGAGAUUGGAGGAUGAUGCAGCGGAGGAUGAUGAUGAUGUGCAAAGGAGGAGAAAGAGACCUAAAAAAAGCUAUUCCAAGGACAAUCUGGACAAUACUGGAGCUCAUCUGCCUCAUCCACUACAUGUAAUUCUUCAUAUUCUUGAUGAUGUAGGUUCAGACGCCAAACCUAGAAAGCUUGUGACACUAAAGUUUGAGUACGUGCAAAAGUUAAAUGUUGUUUUUGUUGGAACUGAGGGACCAAGCGAAGCAUGUGGGGGUAACAUAUUAUGUAACCUUUUUCCUGAUGAUACUGGCCUUGAACUUCCACAUCAGUCUGCAAAGCUUGUUACUGAUGAAGCGGCCAUACUUAAAGAAAAGAAAACAUCUUGCCCAUUUAAGUGGGCACAACACUUAGCUGGGAUAGAUUUCUUGCCAGAGGUGUCACCUAUGCUUACUGAUUCUGUAACUUCAAGUGAUGAUCAUCCAAAAACUGCUGGAGUUCUUUCUGGACUUUCUCAAUAUCGUCAGCAACACCGAGUGCAGACUGUUUUAGCAAGGAUUCGCUCUCGGAUGAAGGCUCAAUUGGCUCUUGCGGAGCAUCUUGACUCAUUGCAGAAUCUUAAAUGGCCAGAAUUGAAAUACAAAAAUAUCCCAUGGGCUCUGCAUAAUCCUCUAUGUCAUUUGGAAAGUUGGUCACCUGUAGGAGGCACUACUGACCAGGUUCCUUCCAUCUACGCCAAUGAAGUUGAAGCUUCAAAACGCAUGGACCUUGGUGGGGUUGCAGUUCCAGAACUUUUGAAGGAUGAAGUUGAGAGUACAAGGGAAGAUGGGGAGCUUCCAUCUCUAACACAGUUAACGAUUCCUCUAGACAAUAACAGGACUCCUCCUUCAAAGGGUUCUGGUGAUGAGCAUUCUAGGACUCUGAACCUGAUAUCGAAAAGCAUUACCCCAAAGAGAACUUCAAACGGUCAUAUGCCCUGGAAACUGAAAGUAAUGGAUCCUCAUCCCGAACUUGCUUUUGGGAGUGGCAGUGAGGACGAUGAACCCAUGUGUGAUGAACUUGAAACAGAAAUGGCCACAACCAACCCUAGUUCGGUCAAAAAAUUCUGGAAGGACCAUGGCGCCAAAGAGUUCCUCCUGGUCUUGAGUAGGAAUAUACCGAAUGAUGAAAAGAAUGUACAGUUGGAAGCAAAGGUCAAAGUCAGUAUGGAGUAUCCUCUCAGGCCCCCACUUUUCUUGUUGAAUCUUUCCGAUAAUAAAACUGGUUGUGACCCAAAUGCAUCAAGACCUCAUCCUUUAAGAAGUGAAAGCUACUCUGGAUGGUUUAAUGAGCUUAAAGCUCUUGAGGCUGAGGUCAAUGUGCACAUUCUGAAGAUGCUUCCUGAGGGCCACCAACAUGAUAUCCUGGCACACCAAGUACAUUGCCUCGCAAUGCUGUUUGAUUUCUUGAUGGAUCAGGUACCAUUGCCUGUCAGGAAGGGGACUCACGUGGUAGAUGUUGGAUUAUGCAAGCCUGUCGAUGGCAUGAUCCUAUCAAGGUAUUUCAGAGGAAGAGACCGGAGGAGGAUGGUUUCAUGGAAAGACAGAGGAUGCGUUUCAGGCUACCCUUGCUAGUUUUCAAUUGUUUAGCAUAUUCUGCGGUUCUGUUUGCAGGAGGAAGUUGAGGCUUCACGUGAUGAAGUUUUUUGGGUCCUUGAGCUGUAGUAUGCUUGGCUGCGUGACCCAGAGUCCUACAUCCAGGUCUCUGGCGAGGCGUUGGGCCUUCAGCAGGUUCUGGGGGGUGCCCUGGUUAUCACAUGGUGUUUGCCUGGUAUUGGAGAUUUCACUGGCAUUCCACGGGAUGCGCUUGCUGGACGCAUUCGGCAUUUCCCAUGUUUUCAUCUGCUUUGCAUGACAGCGGGUGAUAGGCAACCUGGUAGUUAUUACGGUACAGGACUGAAUCUUAGUGGAAUUUUUAUGUCAUAUUGCUAAGGAAGAUCGGCAUCAGAGAUUGAUAGCAGAGAAAGGAUAUGGGCCUGUGAGUAGGAAACCAAAUUCUAAUUCUAUCAUCAGCUAAGUAGAUCUCUGCAAUCAUCCUUCCAUUUUAUUUAACCAUCGCAGCUGGGGACCCUGGACGAUUUUGAUGUAUUUGAAUGAUAUCUGAAGGGGAGUUCAAUCUGCCUACAAGAUUAUCGUCUACCUAAAAGGUCACCAAACGUGGCGUAUAAUUUAGUAGAGGUCUGCCAGGCUUCUUCUUGGUUACUUGGGAAAAAGAAAAAUUAAUAUCCAGAUUAGCACGCCAAAGCAGUAAAAGGAUGAGAAUAAUGUUUGAAAUUAUCUAAGAAAACUUAGAACUUCCAAGUUACCAUUGGCUUCCCGUGUCUGGUGACAGCAGGAUACCAACUGGAGUUUGACCCUUUUGGAGUCGUUACUGCCCUUUUGCAAUUGAGUGAGAUUUAUAGAACAUUGAAACCAAAACUCAAUCUGAGGGGCAAAUGUAUGGGACAUUUGCAAAUGCUUAAUUUAUAUGUUCUUUAUGAA